UCAAAUUACAUGAUGAUUGAAGACAAUAAAGAGAAUGAAGACCAUGCAUCUGAAAGAGGGAGAACGGCCAUAAUUUUUUCCUUGAAGAAUGAAGUCGGAGGACUCGUAAAAGCAUUAAAACUCUUUCAGGAGAAGCAUGUAAAUCUGGUACACAUUGAGUCACGGAAGUCCAAGAGACGAAAUUCUGAGUUUGAGAUCUUUGUGGACUGUGACAGUAACAGGGAACAAUUGAAUGAGAUCUUCCAGCUCCUGAAAUCCCACGUCAACGUUGUCUCUAUGAACCCGACAGAGCAUUUUAAUGUCCAGGGAAAUGACAUGGAGAAUGUUCCCUGGUUUCCGAAGAAGAUCUCAGAUUUGGAUAAGUGUGCAAACCGAGUGCUGAUGUACGGGUCUGAUUUGGAUGCUGACCAUCCAGGUUUCAAAGACAAUGUGUAUCGCAAGAGGCGAAAGUAUUUUGCAGACCUGGCUAUGAACUACAAACACGGUGACCCAAUUCCUAAGAUUGAAUUCACUGAGGAGGAGAUCAAGACUUGGGGGACUGUGUACCGAGAGCUUAACAAGCUUUACCCAACUCACGCCUGCAGAGAGUACCUUAAAAACCUACCCUUGCUCACCAAAUACUGUGGGUACAGAGAAGACAACAUCCCCCAGCUGGAAGAUGUGUCCCGCUUCCUGAAAGAGCGCACAGGUUUCACCAUUCGCCCUGUUGCUGGAUAUCUGUCGCCCAGAGACUUCUUGGCAGGAUUAGCAUUCAGAGUAUUUCACUGCACUCAAUAUGUCAGACAUAGUUCGGACCCUCUCUAUACACCAGAGCCUGAUACAUGCCAUGAGCUCCUAGGCCAUGUCCCUCUUUUGGCUGAACCCAGUUUUGCACAGUUCUCCCAGGAAAUUGGUCUUGCAUCACUCGGGGCAUCAGAUGAGGCUGUCCAAAAACUGGCAACAUGCUAUUUCUUCACUGUAGAGUUUGGCUUAUGCAAGCAAGAGGGACAGCUACGAGUUUAUGGGGCUGGCUUGCUCUCUUCAAUUAGUGAGCUCAAGCACUCGCUCUCUGGCAGUGCCAAAGUCAAGCCUUUUGAUCCAAAGGUCACCUGCAAGCAAGAAUGCCUCAUCACAACUUUCCAGGAGGUUUACUUUGUUUCCGAAAGUUUUGAAGAAGCAAAGGAAAAGAUGAGAGAGUUUGCAAAAACCAUCAAACGCCCGUUUGGCCUGAAGUACAAUCCGUAUACUCAAAGCGUGCAGAUCCUGAAAGACACGAAGAGCAUUGCCAGUGUGGUCAAUGAGCUACGUCAUGAGCUGGACAUUGUCAGCGAUGCCCUCAGCAAGAUGGGCAAGCAGCUGGAAGUUUAA